AUGGACGAGGAAUCCGUUGAGAACUGGAAAAACAAAGUCCGCGACUGGAUCCUGACCAAAUGUACUGAAGAAGAUGCGGCUGCAGUUUUAAAUCAGCUCCGUACCUGGAGAAAGCCAAGAUCGGCAACAAUCAUGGACAAUCAAAUGUACAUGAAGAAGGUAAACUCUGCAAUCCCUUACAUGUCUGAAACUCUUGACCCUCUUGACAAAGCAGAAUUCAAGGGAGUUUUCUUCAAUGCUCACCCCAAGCCUUGGAAGGACGCCUUCCUGGAGAUCAACGGUACCAUCGACAGCCAUUCCGUUGCCAGCAUCACUUCCUACAUGCAACACAAGUCUCGACAAGCACACGACAAGGAAUUGAAGAAUCAACUCCACCAGAAGAUCGAAUCCAAAAAGAAGAAACGCACGGCUGGUGUCCAUCACAGGGAUGAUUCAAAACCUUUCAAGAAAUCUCGUACCGACCCAGAGGGAAACAAGAUGGACAAAGACGAGUACCACAAGCGCGUGGCAGAACUUGCAAAGACAGCCAAGCCAACCGAAAUUUGCUCGCUCAAGCCCAAUCAUAAGAAUCACACUAUCUCCAAGUGCAAGGCAAUCAACAACUACAAGGCCCGAAUGAGCAACAAGAAGUCCAACAGCUUUGCUGUCAUCAAUCUCCCUUGA